CCUCACCACUCUUCUCUUUUCUCACUCGCCGUUCAGUCUUUUCAAACAACAAUUAAAUUACUAUAUCUCUUUCCUUUUCUCCAAUUCAUAUACAUAAUGGGCAUUAUAUGCAGUUCAUACGAAUCCACAUCAGUAGCCACAGCCAAAUUAAUACUUCACGAUGGAAGAUUACAAGAGUUUUCAUAUCCAAUUAAAGCUUCUUUCUUAUUACAAAACGACCCUACAAUCUUCAUUUGUAACUCCGACGAAAUGGAUUUUGGAAACGUCGUUUGCGCCGUAAAAGCCGAAGAAGAGCUUCAGCUUGGUCAGCUAUAUUUUGCCUUACCUUUGAGCCAACUAAAACAUAAGCUGAAAGCUGAAGAAAUGGCUGCAUUAGCUGUCAAGGCUAGCUCUGCAUUAAACCAUAGCAGUAGUAGUGGUGAAAAAUUUAUAGUAUUUGAAAAAAGUGGUCCCAAUUUUUCAAAAAAAAUGGUGGAUGUCAAUAAUGAUCCUACUCCUAAAGGGAAUGGCAGGAGAAAGAAGUUCACCGCGAAGUUGAGUUCAAUAAAUGAGUAGCCUAUCUCAACUAUUAUAUUGCAUUGAUUAUUUUCCAUCAACACAUGUAUUAUUAGAGAAUUUUGCGUAUCAAGGCUUAGUUAGAUAGUAGGUAGUAUUUUUUUUUCCGUCUUUGUUUGUGAGAUCUGAAUUCUGAUUUCUCAUGAUUUUCAAUUGGUCUAUUAACAGUUAGGCUAAAUCCUUUGUGCAUAUUUUAGAAUUGAAGCUAAUUAGUUACUGUUCAUUUUGAGAUGUAAUUAGAUAGUAGGUUUUGUAAAAGUAUUGUGGUUGUUAA